AUGUCAGCCAUCGCACCAGUCAACCCGAAACCUUUCUUACAAGAACUCACUGGAAAAAUAGUGGAUGUCAAGUUAAAAUGGGGAUUAGAAUACCGAGGUUAUUUAGUUUCGACAGAUGGUUAUAUGAACCUUCAAUUAGCAAAUACGGAAGAAAUGGAAAAUGGGAAAUCUAAUGGAACUUUGGGAGAAGUGUUCAUAAGAUGUAAUAACGUUCUUUACCUUGGUGAAGCUAAAGAUACACCUAAGAUGGAUCAAGAUUGA